ACUCCUGCGUCUAAUGAGCAUGCCCAGUGUGCGUUGGGCAUGCCUGAGGUGUCCGGUUGGUGCCGGUUGUUGCCGGCAUGGCUCCUGCUCCCCAGUCUGGUCCUGAUGGCCGUGUGCUCGCCGCACGCCGCCACCGUUGCCGCGGGAACCGCCUGCGCGCCGCGCUGCUACUGCUCGGAGGCCGAGGGCAAGACAGUGCGCUGCAGCCACCUGCGUCUAACCCGCGUGCCGCCCGGGAUCCCCAACGACACGCGCCGCCUCUACCUGGACUACAACCAGCUGGCCUCGCUGCCCACCGACGCCUUCCUGGGGCUGCCCCUGCUGGCCGAGCUGGACCUGUCCCACAACGAGCUCGCUGUGCUCGAGCCCGGCGCCUUCCGGGGACUCGCGUCCUCCCUCAAGUUCCUGGACCUGUCGUCCAACAGGCUGGCCACGCUGAACCCGGAGGCGUUCGAGGGCCUGACGGCGCGGUCCAACCUGACGGGGAACCCGUGGCACUGUGACUGCGCCCUGCAGAGCACCCUGCCGCAGCUCGACCUGGAGCCCGUCUCCCUGACGGGCAUUGUGUGCCACACGGCCGACCCGGCCGAGUCUGGCGCCGAGGGCCAGUCGCUGCUGCUGACCAAGGAGCUGGACCUGUGCGUGGUGCUGAAGAAGACCACUGACGUAGCCAUGCUGGUCACCAUGUUCGGCUGGUUCGCCAUGGUCAUCUCCUACCUGGUCUACUACGUGCGCGCCAACCAGGAGGACGCCCGGCGGCACCUGGAGUACCUCAAGUCGCUGCCCAGCCGCCAGGGCAAGUCUGAGGAGUCGUCCACCAUCAGCACGGUGGUGUGAGCAAGCCGCACAGCGCAGUACAGCCGGACGCAGAAAGACACACACACACACACACACAUGCAGCAGGCAAGCAGGCAAACAGGAAACAGGAAGUGCAGGUUGACAUACGCAGAUGGGCAGACCCCCUUCUGUUGGUGUGUGUACAGAGCUGGGCUGUAGAUGGGUCACAAAGCAGAGAGCAGACCAACCCCAGGCUGCCUCCACAGACAGCACUGGUCAGCUGAGCUGAUCUACCCCGGGGGGGGUCAGGGAGUUACAAGAACCUAACCAGAGGGCCCAGACGGGCCGGACCAGAGGGCUCAGACGGGCCGGACCAGAGCAGGGAACAACCUCUGACCCCUGACCUCUGACCCUGUGGGUGAGGGGACAGUGAGGGGAGGUCUGACCAUAGGAGGGCAUUGGGUGGAUGGAGGAAGGCUGUAGAAUGCACAGGGCUGUAAGGGGCUACAGAAGACAGGAGGCAGUUGAAUGCAGAGGGCUGUAGAAUGCUGAGGGCAGUAGAAUGCAGAGGGCUAGGGCAGUACAAUGCAGAGGGCAGUAGAAUGCAGAGAGCUAUAUAACACAGAGGGCAGUAGAAUGCAGAAGGCUAUAUAACGCAGAGGGCAGUACUGAGGGCAGUAGAAUGCAGAAGGCUAUAUAACACAGAGGGCAGUAGAAUGCAGAGAGCUAUAUAACACGGUGGGCUGUAUAACACAGAGGACAGUAGAACGCAGUGGACAGUAGAAUGCAGAACAAUCGCUUGGAAUGCCAGGAGAUGCAGUAGCCAGUUGGUAAUGUAGCUAGUGGUAAGGUGUAAAUGGAUAUGUACUGGUAAGCUGUAAAUGGAUAUACAGUGGUAAGCUGAAAGAGGUAGUGCUCAGUCAGCAUAGGACACAGUGAAAAAGAAGGUUGCAAGAAUAGUAUAGUAUAGCAUAACAUAGCAUAGCAUAGCAUAGCAUAGCAUAGCAUAGUAUAGUAUAGCAUA